AUGUCGAAAUUAGCUACAAAUUUCGUAAAUCAGUAUAACUUAACUCCUCAGAUGAGUAUAGCUGAGCUUGGUAAUUAUGCUAAAAAAAUAUGUAAAGAGAUUAAAGAUUAUAAAGCCCGUGAUCAUGCUCGGAAUAGAAUCCAAAAAUUAGGAUUUAGCAAAGAUCAAACAUAUACUUUAAUUCCUAUCCAGACUUCCGGAAGACGUGUUAUAGGACGAGACCCGAUUAAAAAGCUCGCUCAAUAUAUUAAGGAUAAUGAAGAUAAUCUUGAACCCGAAGACAUAAAUAUGCUAGCAUAUAACUUAGUUAAAACAGCUCCUACUGUAAUAGCUCAAUCAUCGCGUCUUAAAUUACUCCGAAAAGAAUUGCGUUUACUUAAUGCUAAAUGUCUUACAAUAGAAGCAAUAUAUAUACCAGAUAUUACUCAAAAAUCAAAUAAAGAACAAGCAAUAAAUCAGGAACUCCGUGAAGAUGAGGAUACGAUUGUCCCAAAUACUUUUAUCUGGAAAAUGUUCAGGAAAGACUUAAAAGCAAUUUCGGCGAAAUUUCCAUUUCUAAUAAGAGAUAAAGAUGGGGAUGUAAACGUUCACCCGAUUAAUAAAUUUCUAGCGGUUCAUGGAAUAAGCUCAUCGCAUUUGAGAAAAAUUGGUUCUGAACAUGCUAUUGUUAUUCAUGGAAAUAAGAAUGAUUCCAAACGUAAACGUCUCCGUCAAUUAGCAUUAAGACACAAG